UUGAGACGAAUGUAAAGAAAAUUAAAUGUACAUCUGCAUUAUUUGCUCAAGGGUGUUCCUGGUCCCUACCAGCCUGAAACACCUUAAACCACGAAUCCCACCCCCGGGACCAUAGUAACGAGCAACCUGACAGCAGCAACUCGUUUGACAGUGACGUAAUCGGGCAGCUUGUCUGUCAAUGGCUAGCAUGGUCAAUCAGGAUGAUGUAACUUCCUGUAGCUGAUUCGGUUGGUGACGCAGAUGUUGUCUAAUCAUUAGCGAAGAAAAUAUACUGGGUGGAAAAAAAAGUCGAAACCUAAAGAAAGCAAUUUCAGGAGACCGUCGGACCGUUUGAGCAAGUUAUAGCAGCGUUCUCCGUCGUGACGGCUGGAAAUAAACGCUCCCGGGGUAGUCGGUGCCGAGCUCCGUUGCUUGGGCCCGAACAAGUUAAUUGCCAAGAAAGAUUGGACAAAUUCUGUGUUUCUUCAAUGAGGAACUACAGGUUGAUCUUUUGCCACAAUCUCAAGCAACCAUAGCUGGCUAAAAAAUGCUUAUUCACUAAGGGUGAUUGGUGUAUAAGUUAUUUUUUUUCAGUGGGUGUCUGUGCUCAAAGAUAAAAACGGCCUUGCUUUUUGGCUGAGGGAAGAUAUGAGGAAGAGCUUCUCUCCUUCAUCGAGUAGCAGCAACUCAUUAACUAGUAACAAAAUUUUCGGAGUUCCUCUUAAUGAGCAACAACAGCAAGAAUGCCAUCAAUGGAAUGAAGUUCCAUUAAUAGUAAAGCACAUUGUGGCGUAUCUGGAGGAAUAUGGGAAUAUUGAGGAUGAACUUAGGAAGUUGAAAUGCUUCUUGGAUGAGUUUCCAGCUGUUAACUGCGAUCUCCUGAAGUUCCUCCCUAGAUUCCUGGUCAAGGUAGGAUUCCAAAAGAAAGAAAAGUGGACUUCAAGGAAUCUUUCUGCUGUACUUGACCUGGAUGCUUUCUAUAUUUACACAGAUGUGGAAGAUAUGAAAGAACAAGAAGCAGCUAACAAUAUAAUGUCUGAACUACUGGAAAAUUACAGUGAUUUCUUUGGUACUGAAGAGUUUCUCCCCACAGAUAUUUCAAAUUCAUUUUGUGUUGAGGUUACUGAAUCAUGUGAAGAAAGCACUAAAACUGGACAAACUGAUGAACUUCCUAAAGACAGGAUGUUGUUGAUGGUGAAUACUGGUCACUUGAUGGUGACCAAGAAUAUAACUGAAUCUGACAAUAUUGUUUUGUCAUCAAGUGCUCAUGGUUCCCCUGUCAACCAAGUGACUGUACCUGCAGAAGAUGAUUUCACUGAAGAGAAUAGUCGCAAUGCUGGUGUUGGCAAAAUAGCCCUUUCAGAUACUUUGCAGCAUGCAGAUAGUUUGGGAGAUGAUGAUCAGGAGAAUUCACUACAUAAUUGUACGUUGGAAGUACUUAGGACUCACUUGCACCAAAGUGUUGAAAGUGUAAGUAAAAAGGUUGUGGAAAACUUUUCUCUUCCCAAAGUUCCACUCUUGGAUGUGCCUGAAGAAAGCCUGGACAAUGAACCAAUCAUACAUGAAGAAAACAAUAAUAAAGAAGAGAGGGAACAAUGUACUUCAGUUUCUGAAAUUGGCAUGGAUAAUUCUUCAAAAUUAACUUUGAAUUUGCCUUCUGGGACCUAUGAUUUAAACGCUAAUAAAGAGUCUGAUGUGCCAAAAAGUCCAGAAGUUUCUACUCGAGAUAACAGAGUGCGCCCAGAAAUUGCUCGCCUUGACCUGAAGCGAGUGACUGAGACAAGUAUCUGGGAAGCGCCAUGUACAAUCACUUUUCCCUUCAUUGAUUUCAAAACAAUGCAUCUUCAAAGAGAUGGGGAUGAUCCUGUUCCUGCAUUUAAAUCAUGGCAGGAUGAAUAUGAGCAUGAAUUGGGAGAGGCACAACUCUCACCACAGGCAGGCAGACUGACUAACCACCCACUUGAAGAAGACCCACAACCUAUGUUAUGCCGUCGUUACCUUAAUUUUGGUCAUAGGCAACGCUUUCUAGGCGAGUCUGAUUCGAUAACUGCUUCACUGAAAGGUCUUUCCACCUUUAGACCUCGAAGAUCAUCGUUUGAUUCCAAAGAUGAUGAAAAGGAAGAGCAGACUCAAUUGCAGCUGACUAAAAAAAUUCAGAAUAUCAAAAAGAAAAUAAAGUUAUUUGAAGAACAAUUUGAAAAGGAUCGAAAGUACAAGCCAUCCCACAGUGACAAAGUAGCAAAUCCAAAGGUUUUGAAAUGGAUGAAUGAAUUAGUCAAGUUACGUAAGCAAUUUAAAGAGAUGAAAUAUAAAACUUCAGAAAACGACUUAGAAACUUUACCUAUAAUACGCCCAAGAAGCAAUACUCUUCCAAAGAGCUUUGGUUCUUGUCUGGAACAUGAGCAAAGAGAUGUUUAUAAAGAAACAUCUGAGAAGGAGAAAAAGCCAUCUAUGGAAGCAACAGUAGAAACAAUCUUAAAAAGACUUAAAGAGAAACGAGCUGAGGAAGACUGGCCAGAGGAUAUUAAGGAAAUGAGACAGAAUCAUUUAACAGCAGAGAAAAUAGCCCUUCAGAAGAGUCUUUUGCAUUUUGAGAGCAUUCAUGGACGUCCGGUCACUAGGGAAGAAAAGCAGCUGGUGAAGCCUUUAUAUGAUAGAUAUCGACUUGUGAAGCAGAUGCUAGCCAAAGCGACACCAGUUAUUGGCUCUCCAUCAGCCAAACGUCGUGGCCAGACAUUACAGCCAAUCAUUGAAGGUGAAACUACUCAGUUCUUUGAGGAAAUAAAGGAAGAGGAGCACGAAGAGGAUUGUAAUAUGGCAGCAGACUUCACAGUUACCCUAAGGCCAGGCUUGCAUGCUAGGACUUUUUUGGAUCAGUUGGGUAAUGACCAUAACACAAUUGCAUCCACGGUCGAUGAGACUUCAGUAAGACUGGGCCUUGACCUAGGAGUUUCAAGCAUACAUGCUGCAUCAAUGCCUGAACUACUUGAACAACUCUGGAAAGCAAGAGAUGACAGAAAGAAUUUGCGCAAGACACUGCGUGAGUUUGAAGAGGAGUUCUAUCAAAAAAAUGGAAGAAAUGUACAGAAAGAAGAUCGUGCUCCAAUGAUUGAAGAAUACAGAGAAUAUAAAUGCAUAAAAGCCAGAGUCAGGCUUUUGGAAGUUCUUAUUAGCAAGCAAGAUUCUGCAAAAUUUAAGUUGGUUUGAUGUUACCAGUACUAUUUUCAUCAUUGAGUAAAUGUGAUCAAUAUUUUAUCUUCUGGACCUGGUGCUUACCUCUUUUUGUAACAUUGCCUUGCCUAAUGCCAAUUUGUGCACUUUACUCUGGUGCUUCUUACAAAGUAAUGAGCUGAGAGUAAGUUUAUAACCCAAGGUUAUGAAUGGUAGAUGGCUCUGGAAUAACAAGGAUACCUGACUAAAUUAGUGCUAAUAUUUUAUUAGGUUGCUGCAUUUUGUUCUGAAAUGAACAAUUAUAAUUUAUAGGGGAGGGGGGCGACAAUGAUCUUUUGAGGUAUACUGAUGAAGACAGCCAUGGAUUUCAGAAAACCAUAUUCUCUAGGUUUGAAGGCUGAUUACAAAAUAUUUAUUUUGUCUACAACCGUGCUUGCUACAUGUAGCUAUACACAAUGAAUUUUGUUUCCUCAAGUAUCAAAACUUUUAGUUUUAACUUAAGGUUUCAGAACAGAAAGGUGGGGCGGUGGUUUUCAGUAGAAUUCUUCUCGAAUCAUAAUAACCCAUUUUGUGAAGUGGACAGAUUCUGAGCCAGAAAGUGGAGGUGUACACUUGCUGUAUAUAUUUGAAGUUGUUUGUUAACUGUAGUUGUCUAUAGUGGUACAGAAAGCACUAAUAAACAGUAAGUGUUUACUAAAUUGCUGUUACUUUUACUAAAUGUAUUAACAUUUUGAGAUUUUCUGCAAAAUGAAAUAUUUGGCAGAGUUCAAUUAUGAAUGUGUUUUAAUGCAAAAUACCUGCUUUCAGUAUAACUUGUUACCUUGUGCCACUUUUUACUGCUGAAUACUGAUUAAUUGCAGAAUAAGGUGUUUGACUGUGUAGUGACCUUGUGUUUUUUUUAAAGAAACACAUUUUUGGAAAUAUGAAAAAUGUUUUUGAGUAUCCUUGUCAUUUGAAGAAUAAGAUGGAUGUUGCUUUAUAAUACUAUUUGUAAGUGAGUGAUCAUUGCAUGCACCUACUGUAUAUGUCAUUUAAGCAGCUACCAUUUAUUUUUUGCAUGAUUUUGCAUAAUUAGUACUUGCAAAACAUCUGAAUGUAAACAUCACAACUUCCUCUUGAAAGCAGAGAUUUGUUAAGAUUGAAUAAUGGUGCAUCUUAAAUGCACUGAAAAACAAUGUGUACAUUUUUGUACAUGAUUGGGUUUGCUUUUGUGUAACAAAACCAUGCAGUAAAACUUUUGGGCACUGUAUGUUGACACUUCAUUGUUUAAAAAUGACUAUUACUGCAUCAUCAUAUGAAGAAUUUAAUAAAUGCAUGGCAUCAGCACUUUCAGGUGUUUUCGUGUGUGCAUAUGUCACUGUAAGAUGGUACAUUUUGUAAUGUAUCAUUUCCACACCUUUUUAUAAAAAGCUAUCUGUAUAUUUUGGUGUGUUCAAAUUUUUAACUAGUCUUAUACACUCUUCUGUCAUCCAUAUUGAAGUCGCUUGAGAAUUGAGUAUGUAGAAAAAUUUGAGCAAUAAAAUGGAAAGGAACAUUAAUUGUAAAACAGCAUUCUAAUGGAUGUGGCAGUUUUCUUUUUGUAUGGCAUUCCUUGUAACAUAUGCAUUGCAAAAAUUAAUGUAAUCAUUUUUGCCAGCUUGAAACAUCAGGUUUCAUCUUAUGGACUGUAAGAUUUACCAUAGUACAUGUUUCAGAGGUCAUUUAUCUUGGAAGUUUUAUAUAAUUUUCCUAAUUUACAAUGUGAUUUACUUCAUUAGUAUGCUUCCCAUUAUUAGUCUGGCAUGUACUUGAAUAAAAUAAGUUCAUUUAGAUAAAGACUCUGACCAUAAUAAUUAUUUGAUUCUUGCCAUAGCAGUAACUACAACAUUUCAACCAUGUUACUUACUGCAAAUAUA